AGUACAUCGACGGCCGGACCGUGAUAAGCGAUAGGACUGGAUGUUUUAAUUUUUGGUGGCAGCCAACGCGUUCACACGUUAUAAGUUAUAUUCGAUUGAUUUGAUUGUUAUAAUAAAUUUGAUCAAUAUUCGAAGUAUACUUUUCUAUCGAAAUCGGAUGCGCAGUUUUUCUUUCUUCUUGCCGCAGUCAGAAGUUUUAUUGGAAGAAAAUCUGAUAUCGAUGACCAAUUAUGAUCGCAAAAUACACUAUUAGGUAAUUGAUGAAUCAGUGUCCAAAUGUGAAGACAGUGUAAGAAGCUACAAGCUGUAGUCAAAAAGUGUAUAUAAUAUGGCCCAACAACCAGCGAAAAAGUUGAAGAAUGAUAUACAAGAUAGUCGAGGUAACACAGAUUUACACAAGUAUGCUGCAUUAGGAGACCUAGACAAGUUUGAAAUUUUAUUCGAAAAAUUAAAACAGGACAAUGCAAAUGAUUACUUAGAAAUAUUAAGUAAGUACAAUAAUCGCAAAGAGACUGCCCUAUCUGUAGCCAUUAGUGAAGGAAAAUUUGAUAUUGCCAUCUACUUGCUUCAACAACUUGAUGAUACUGAAAAAGAGUAUCAGAUUGAUAGAAUUAUUAGUAUUGAUAGUGUGAAACUAGACAAGUUUCUUGAAUACGAGCAAUCUAAAAACAUAAUUUCAGGCAACAAAUUUUUGUCACAUAAAGCUUCGGAGUUAAAACGUAACCGUCAUGGUGGCGAUUAUCAAUCGAAAUUGUUAAUGUUAUUUGCACACGAAGGUAUUGAGAGUAACGAUCAGUUUCGCUUAGGCACUGAGGUAUCUGAGGCUGGUAAAUUUGAUGAUUUAGUUUUUCGUUACACUGAUCCUAAUGGGAACUAUAGAUAUAUAUACUUGCAAGCUAAGCAUGAGCAACAUCUCGGAGAAAACCCGCUAACAAUAACUCAGUUCACCAAUUCGAAGCAUAAAUAUCACCUGGGAAAAUAUUUUAUCGAUUAUUCAAAGACCGAACUGCUCAAAUAUCUCGACCAAAUAGAGCAUCUUUUUCUUUGCACCAAUAACCGUUUCAGUGAGAAUGAUGAUCCAAAGAACAUUUAUUUUCAAGAAAUUUCAGAUAAAAGAAAGUAUUGCAAAUACUUUUCAGACAUUGGUGGCAAGUGGUAUAGAUUUAGUUGUAAAGAUGAUAAUGAGAAGAAUGAUUUGUUCAAAAAGUUGUUCCGUAGAAAUUUUGAACCAACCAAAAAGAACGAAAUAGAAAAAUUAUUGAAAAAAUUUGUGCUCGCUGUUGAGCAACCGUCGUCCGCAGAGUUGAGCGGGAAAAUUAAAAGUAUGAUGGGAAGCGAUACAUACAAUUAUUUUAGUUUUUCCAAAUUCAAGGAAUUUAUCGAUGAAUGGUUUGCUAGCCGAAAUCCGAACAAUACUGCACGCUUUAUAUUGCAUUCAGAAAUAAGAGAGUUUUGGAGUGACUUCAAGUCUAACAUCUGUGGUAUAAAAUUGGGUGGAUCAGUGCCUUUGUUUAGGGAAAAAAUCGACAAAUUUACCCGGAACAAGUUGACUUUUAAUGACACUAGUUCUGAUGUGUUGAAAAUAGAAGAUUUUUUGAACUCAAAAAGUGAUGACAUCUUAAGGUUAGUUUAUGCAGAAGAAGAUAGCUUUUUAAGUAUUGCAAAGAUUAAUCAAAUUUUAGACAAGAUGUUCCAGGAGGAUCCUACGAAAUAUACUGUUUCGGAUUUACGUUCUCUAACUUCACUGAAUCGGGAUGGGGAAAUAGUUUUAAAUGCUUUCAAGUCACAAAAUAAGCAUUUAUUAGCUAUCGACUGUAAUUCAGUAGAUGACGAGGGUGAACAAUUAUUGGACACACUUUACAGUGAAUUGUGGGAAAACAAGUCAUGCGCUGGCAAACAAAUUAUACUUAUUGUUAGUGUGUUGUCGAAUAAAGCAGUAUCUAGACAAUAUCCUGGUUUGUCUAUGAUAACACUGUACAUGGAAAAUGGUCCCAAAAAUUUAAACCCUGCUUCAAAAAACCAAAUACUGCAAACUGAUAUUAGUCUUUUCGGAACACAAUUAAAAUUGUCACGAUUAACAGAAAAAGGUAGCAAUUCAGAUGAAUUAUUCGAAAUCUUGGAUGGAAACUCGUUAACCUCACUCAUCAAGAAUGAUAGCAUCGUAAUUGGUAGUGGGCAUCAAUAUGAUUUCGAUACAUUUAUAGAUAUUCCACGUACACUUACUUAUCAGACAAAGUUGGAUAGCAAAUGUAUUUUGGAAAAUACAACUGAUCUAUUCGCUAUUAGUGGAAUUUCAAAAAGUGACCUUUCUGAUUUAAUCCCCAAAAAUGAAAAGGUAAGAGACUUUGGUGAUGAAAGUUCUGAAAGAGAUACGAGACCAAUUCGAUUUAUUUGCUUUCAAAAUUGUACUAACAUAGAGAAUGACUUCGAACAAUUAUGUUCUGAUUAUAGUCAGUAUACAAUUCAUUUGGUUGAAAACAUGGGCAACGAAUUGGAAUGGAAAAAAUCACAUGGUUCCUUACGUAAUUUACGCAGAUUCGUGAUUAAGGAAGGAAACGACUCAAAGCUAAUAGAAGAUAUCACAGAUUCGGCAAUUAUUGCAGGGGAUCCUGGAAUAGGAAAAUCUACUAUACUAACGUCACACGCUAUCAAAACAGAUUGCCUCUGGUCUAUCAGAGUAAAUUUGAAAGAAUAUGAAAGGCACAUAAACGAGGUAAAUUUUGGUAGUUUAGAGGAAAUUUUUGACUUUCUCUCCAAUGUAAUUGAUCCAAAAUAUUCACAAACUUGUUUGAUAAAAGAUUUACUGAGAUUUUGCUCAAAGCAAAAAGGUCAAGUUACUAUUUUAUUGGAUGGGUAUGACGAAAUCCAGGAUCGCUACAAGGGAAAGGUAGUGCAGAUGGUGAAAAUCCUAAGACUCACUCAGGGCAAAGUAUGGAUCACAACACGUUCGUAUGCACAACGCGGGAUUGAAGAUGCUUUGGGGACAUUUUCCUACAGUUUGAAUGCUUUUGAGGGAAGAGAACAAAAAGAUUUUCUGAGCAAGUUUUGGAUCAGCAGGUUGAAUUCAAAAGUGGGGACUGAAAAAAUCGAUGAGUUUUCUAAAGACCUCCUACAACAGUUUCAUAAAUUAAAUCUUAUGAAAAAACAGGGUUUGAUUGGAGUUGUACUGCAAGCCCGAAUGGUGGCUGAAAUGUUUCAAGAUGCAUGCAGAAAGCAUCUUGAGAGUGAAGAAAAACUAGAGCUGUAUGAUUUAGGAAUCAGUAGUAUAUUUGAUCUCUACAGAAAGUUUGUUGAAUAUCAAUUUAAAAGAUAUUUUGAAGAGAAAUUAAAAAACAGCAACAAUAUAACUGAAGUUAUGCAAGACUCUUCAAGUUCUUCAUACACAGAGACCUAUGAAAAAUUGGCCAUAAAAUUAUUAUUCACGAAAGAUCAGAUAGGAAAAAAAUUAAUAACAGGAGGAUUUUCGGUGGAGAAAAUUCACGAUGUCGGCCUUACGAAGACCACUACGGACGGAACCGUAGGAUUUGUACAUCCCACUUAUGCUGAAUAUUUUGCAGCAAAUAUGUUUGUUAGUGCUCUUGAGAAAAAAGACUAUCGCUCCGAGUACAAAAAUAUGCACCACUUUUUGCUGUUUCAAAUCUUUAGAGAUCGUAACAGUAUGAUUCUUGAGUUUAUGACUCAAAAGAUUCAAAGUGAACAUAAUACUGUCUUGCAUAGUAAUUGGGAAACUUUGCAGGAUUGUGAUUUGCUGGAAGGGGAUGACAUAAGGGCUGAAAUAGAAAUCCAGCUGGAAAGCGUAAAUGACGCUUCCGCGCCAAAAAAGAGCUUAAGCGAAUUGCAGCAUAGCGUAAAGGAAAACAUUGGAAGGUCUAAUAGGAGCUUUGGUUUCUUCGAUCUGGAUAAAUCUCUGAUUACCCAACUUGUUGAGAAAUUUUUAUUGGUGACAGAUAGUGAAUCACUAGAAAUCACCUUCGCUUUUAUCUUAGAAAUCAACGAGAUAUCAAGACACAUAGUAAGAGAAUAUAUCGGUGCAGUAGUAAAACAUUACUAUUCCACAUUAAAAGAGCAAAAUAGGCUGCCAUCAACAUUAAGAGACAAUUGUAUUAAGCAUCUCUUCAGUGACGAAAAACUGCAACAUAGACUAAUGAACCUUGAAGAUUCUUUCGAAGAAGUUAAGAUGGAUCAACAGCAAUUGGCAGAGUUAAUAAAUUGGGUGAUUCCAAACGAUUCAGACAAAAUAAAAAUCAAUGAAAUAAUAAAUUUGGACCGCUUAUGCUUUUUCUUCAAUAUUUUUCAUCCGACUAUAAUUCAAAACAUUAAGUUACUCUUUCACUCAAUGGAAGUGGAAGCUCUAAGGGAAUAUGCGAAGACAAUACUGCAGUUCCUUAAAACCUCUGUCACAUUGAUUGAUGCUGAUAAACUAAAAUAUGAGACCCUUUCAUCAUUACGCUCUCUCGCUGAUGAUGUACUAUUUUACCGUGACAUCACUAGUGAAACUGAAUCGUUUAUCAACGAUGUGGACAAUUUUGAAGUAGGUGUUUGUCUUGCCAGAUUUUUAGAGAUCAUUACUCCACGAAUGUUUGACAACCUAUUUAUUCAGUUUAGCAGAGAAGAAAAAUUCAAUAGCAAAAAUGUUGAAGCUCUGAUUUUGUACAUUUUAAGCAAACCUAAAGUAAAGUUUCCAAGGGUAAAUGAGCUAGCUUUCCUUAAGAUGUUGGUACUGCUUUUCAAAUCUAACUGGAAACGCUUUACUUUUUCUCGUGAACAACUAGAGACUACACUAGACGUCGUUGAUUGCGUGAUCGAAGAGCAUGGUCAAUAUGAGACUACAGUAUCGGAUUACUUGCAGGUAUUAGUGAAACUAGAACUGAAGAUAAUUAAUUCCGAAAAUACCCUUAUAGUGUUAGAUCCUGCAAGCGAAUUUUAUUAUGAGCUACAGAAAGAUAACAAUAGUAAGUAUCACAGUUUGAAUAUUUUGCAACAGAAAAUUCACUUCAACAUAAUUUGUCGUAAAACACCUGAAUUGCCACCGAUUAACCGGUUCUUCACGGCGUUUUCUCUCGCGAGAGACAUUGCAGUAUUAAAUAACGCUCUAGAGUUUUUCUCCGAAGCAACUUUGUCUCAAUAUUCUAUCUUACUUUUCCAAUCUUAUAUGACAAUCGAGAAAAAUAUCGCGAAGGCCGUUAGACACUACUACGACCGGUUAAAAAAGCAAACUUUGGAGAAACCUAAACUGAAAAAUAAACGUAUAAAACAUCAUUUUCGCAACGAAAUGUUGCAAGAAACAUUAAACAACUUUAAAGGUCUUCGAGAGGAUGAAAUUCUAAACUUAAUAAUUCCGAGUAAUAUAGAAACUCUGGAACACUUGAAGGAUCUAGACAUUUUGUGCUAUUUUUUCAACAUUUUCCAUCCAACUGUAAUGCAAAAAGUUAAGUUACACAUUUGCUCAACGGUGGAAGCCCGGAAAAAGUAUGCAACAAAAAUAAUUCAUUCACUAGAAACUAGCUUCGCCAGUGGCGAAAAAAUAAUGAACGACAAGCUAGGGCAUGAGGAUCUCAAAUCGCUGGCGGCAUUCUAUGUCGACAUCGUGUUUCAUCCCAGUAUUAGUAUGGAAACUGAAAUAGCUGUAAACGAAAUUUAUCAGAAUAAAUCUAUAGACUGGCUCGGAGGUAACGGUGCUCUAACUUGCAGGAUUCUAGAGAUUGUCAAUCAUAGAAUGUCCGGAAUGUUCGACUCUGUUUUGAACAUCUACAAUAAUCAGUUGGAAAAUUACCAAUCGAAUAUUUUUGAAGGUCUGAUUUGUUACAUCCUAGGCAAAUGGGCUGUAGACAAGCUUCCACGGGUUGAAAAGCGAGCUUUUUUCCAGAUACUCGUCGAUUUUGUCGACCUCGGCAUGAAAAUAACAGGGAAAUUUCCCUUUACCUGCGUACAAAUUGAAACUACACUAGACAUAGUUAAAUGCACAGAAAUAGAAGGAGAACAGUACGCGUUUGCAGUGUCGGAUUAUUUGCUUAUAUUGAAAAGAGCGGGUCUUGAGAUAGUUUAUACCGAAACUAAUUUUUCAGUGAUUGCUCCUGAAGCAGAAUUCAAAUAUGAAUUCCCAGAAGAAUGCAUGCAACAAAUGAGAAAGGCGCUUGAUUUGACAAACCACAACUUAGGUGAGUUGCAACAGAACAUUGAGCUUAAAACUGUGUGGCGUAGAAAAUCCUUUUGGUACGAUGGCGAUUCAUCAUUAAUUAACAAUUUUGUCUCAACAUUUUCAAAAGAGACAGAUGUUAUAGUACUAAGAUACACUUUGAAGUGCUUUCUUAAACCAUUGUUUUAUUUAACAUACCAAAAAUUCGAGAAAAAACUACAUGAAUUGAUCAAACACUACUUUUUACAGUUGAAAGGACAGCAUCGCCUUCAAUCUGAGUUAAAAGAUAGUUGUCUUAAAUAUCUUUUUCAUAGAGAUGAAAAGUUGCAGCUAAUCUUGAUCAAUAUUGGAGAUUCUCCUGUGGAGAGUGUGGAAGAACAGCAACAACUGAAUAAAUUGAUGGAAUUUAUGAUGCCAAGCAAAAUCGAACGUAUUGAUGUCUUGCAAUGCCAAAACCGUUUAUGCUUUUUUCUAGAUUUAUUUCAUCCGACUAUCUUGGAAAUGAUUAAGUCACGGAUUUACUCUACAGUUGAAACUGUUAAUGAGUAUGGAAAACAAAUAAUACAAUUCUUAGAAAGUGUAGUAUACUUGAAAAUAUAUAAUGAGAAACAAGCACAUUGGGACUUUAUAUCAUGGCGAUCAUUCUUCGUUGAUAUACUUUUUGAUCCAAGUUUCAAUAACUACACGGACGCAUUUUUCGAUGAUAUCUUUAGGAACAAAUCUGCUGACUGGCUCAAAAGUAAAGGUGUUUUAAUUUCUAAAAUUUUUGAAUCUGUCACUCCCAAAAUGGCCGAAAUAUUCAACUCCGGUUUAUAUAGCGCUGGUGUUCGAGUAGAUAUUUAUCAGUCAACAAUUUUUGAAGGUGUAAUUUGUUAUAUGUUGAAAAAAUUCUCCGUCAAAGAGCUUCCGCGGGUUGACAAACCAGCUUUUUUCCAGAUGCUUGUAAUUUUCACCGACUUCGACAUGAAAAUAAAAGCCAAAUUUCCCUUCACCCAUGAAGAAGUAGGAAUUACACUUAACAUUUUGAAAAGUAUAGUGAAAGAGAAACAAUACGCUACGGUGGUAGCGAACUAUUUACUCAUAUUGAGAAGUGCGGGAUUUGAUUUGAAUUAUGACGAAACAAGGUUUUUAAUAAGUAACACUGAGAAGGAUUUUCAUUAUGAAUUUCCAAUAAAUUGCAUGGAGCAAGUGAUAGAAAAGCUUAACACAGCAAACCACAGCUUAAGGAAGUUACAGCAAAACAUUGAGAGUAAAAUUGUGUGGCGUAAUAAGUACUUUACACAUGCUGGUAAUUCCUCGUUGAUUAGGGAGUUUUUUAAAGAAUUUUUGAAAGUGACUGACAUCACAGCACUGAAAGACACUUUGGAGUACUUCUUAAAUCCAUUGUUUUAUGAAACAUACGAAACAUUUAGAACAAAUAUCCACGAAGCGAUCAAACACUACUGUUCCCAGUUGAAAGAGCAAGCCAAUCUUCGAUCUGAAUUAAGAGUUAAUUGUAUCAAAUACUUCUUUAGUGGUGAUAACGAAAUGCAAGAAACAUUGCACAACCUGGAAGAUUUUUGUGAAAAGAAUAAAAUAGAACAACAGCAACUGAAACAAUUCUCAGAUUUACUAAAUCCAAACAAAAUUGAAAAUCUAGACGGCUUGAGAGGCCAAGAUUGUUUAUGCUAUUUUCUUGAUAUCUUUCAUCCAACUGCCAUCAAGAAGAUCAAAUCACACAUCAGCUCGUCAGUUGAAACGGUUAAGGAGUAUGGAAACAAUAUAAUUAAAUUCUUCGAGAGUUCAAAGGGACACAUGGAAAUCCUCUGUGAGGCGACAUCGAAACAUGAUAAUUUUGUGUCAUGGCGCUCAUUUUACAUUGAUAUUUUUUUCGAUCCACGAGUUAGCACGGAAACUGAAGCCGCUAUCGAUGAAAACUAUAACGAUAAAUCUCUAUGUUGGCUGGAAAGCAGAGGUGUUUUAAUAGCCCGAAUUUUAGAGAUCGUAACUCCCAAAAUGUCGGAAAUAUUUAAUUCGAUUUUAACCUGCAACAAUUAUUUAGACGAAGAUAUAGAGGAUUACCAAUCAAACAUUUCAAAAGGUCUGAUUUGUUAUAUGCUUACCAAACUCACCGGUACAGAGCUUCCACGGGUUAAUAAGCUAGCUUUCCUCCAGUUGAUUGUAAAUUUUGUCAGUUUAGAUAAAAUAAAUUGCUUCCCACGUGAUCAAAUAGUUACUGCUCUAGAGUUAGUUAAAUGUGUCGUAGAAAAGCACGGCCUUGAUGAGCCUGCAGUAUUACAUUAUUUGUCUAUGCUAAGAAAAACGGGACUGAAGGUAGAUUUGACCAAAAACACGCUUAUGAUGCAAGAUCCAACAAAGAAUUUUGAAUGUAUACUGCCAAUAGAUCUCGGCGAAAAUGCAGAUAACCCCUAUUUCAAUCGGAAACGAAAAGAAUCUGAAGGUGACUCAGAAAACGUGAAACGGCCAAAAAUUUAAAACUCGAAGAAAACGCCGUUUUGUAACAGAUUCAGGUGGUAAGGAUAAUUUUUAGUCAGACCCAAACGAAAAUCAGUAUUGCUAAAUUAGAGUAGAAAAUAGAUUUUAAGUUCGAACAAUGAAAUACAAAGUUUCAAAUGGGCGCAACUUAUACCUAAAUUUUUAGUAGGUAAUAGAUUUAGUUUCAGCUCGUUGUCGACAGCGAGGAUAAAAAUUUGCCUGUAGCUUAUAAGAAAAUUCAGACCAUAAGACAUUAGACAUAAAUGGCUCCGUAAAACAUUAAUUUGUAUUGUGUCGUGUCAAAUAAAUGUUGUGCACAAAAAAAAACUUAUACCAAAAUGCAAUGCAAAACGCAAUAUAAUAAUUCCAUGGCACGAUAACGAGGUUCCAGCAUCAAUGUGAUAAAAUUUACUCAGUUUUAGGAUAUGGCAUGUCAAGUUGAAUAGAAAUUUAAGGGAUUUAUAUUUCGGCUUGUAGUCUAAUAAAUUGCGUUGAUUUCUAUCUGCUCAUCACCAACGUUUCGGUCCUUCUAUGGGACCAUCAUCAGGGCCUAAAAUAUAUUUCACAUUUUACGUACAAAUUGAUUUACAUUAGGACAAAAUUACACUAUAUGACAUUGAAAAAACUACUCAUUCGAAAACAGUAACCAACAAGUUAAAAAGUUUGUGCGAAACAUAAAAAGGUCGGGUCGUACUGCAAGCCGAAAUAUAAAUCCCUUAAAUAAUACAUCAGUUCCAGUCGAAAACUUGAGUUGAAUAGAAAAUUAGCUUAGCUUGCCUUAGAUAGACUCCGUGAUUGGUCAAACCAACAAAAUUGCUACAUGAUCCAGAUGAACGGUACUUGAUUUUCACUAGUUCAUAAUAUUUUUACCACUGACCAAUAACAACGUCGGCCACGACCAAAAGGCUGCACUACUUGCGAAGGUUAAGGAUGAUGAUGCUCGUUUUGUUUAGAGACCGCUGCACAGUGGUCCAAAAAGGCAAAAAGUGGAACUUUAUUCCAUAGCGCCUUUUACCUGCAUCCUAGCUUAAAAGUGUCUUCGAAACAAUUGUUUGUAUGAAUGACCCACAUAAUCGCAAAUUAUCAAAAAGUAUGAAAAAUUUACUAUACUAAAAAUGAAAAAAAAAAAAUAACAUUUUUGUGUUAAGAGAUAGUAGAAUUGUUUAUUCAGCAAAGUUGUAGAAGAUUCAAAAAUAUGAAACUUUGUUGAACAAAUGAAAACCCUAUCUUUUUUCGGUACAAAGUUAUAAAGUAUAUCACAUGGAACUUACUUGAAGGUUAGUUUUUCGUACUUAACUUUUGUUAGUUGCAUUUUACACGAAAGUAUUGUUCAAAGGAAUUGUUAGGGUAUACAAAACACACAUUUUUGUCAAAGGCCAUAUAUCUCCAGGACUUUUCAUUACAAAGUUAUAUCAUAUUUCAGCCUAUUUUUUCGAUAACUUCAAGAACGUAUAGGUUAAAAAGAGGCAAGUGGAAUCAUGAUGUCAAUACUUUUCCUUGAAGUUAAGCUUCCAAUCUACACAGGUAUGAGUACGGCAAGCAUAAGUUACAGUAGGUUUUCAUAUAUCAAAAAUACUUACUUUUUUGUGUUAAGAGAGAGAGGAAUGGUUUAUUCGGCAAAGUUUUAGAACGUGCAAAAAUAUGAAACUUUACUGAACAAAUAAAAUUCCUAUCUUCAUUGGGUACAGAGUUACAGCGUAUAUUCUAUGAAAGUUACUUAAAAGUUAGUUUUUGCACUUAACUUUUGUUAGUUACAUUUUACAAGAAAACGUUGUUCGAAAGAAGCAUUUGGGCAUACAAAACACACGUUUUUGUAGAAGGCCACACAUCUCCAGGACUUUUGCUUAUAAAGUUAUAGCACAUUUAAGCAUAGUUUUUCGACAACUUUAACAAUGUAUAAAACAAAGAUCCCAAUCCACCUCAUUGGGACGGAUGGAACUUAUAACAGUUCUGAGCACUCGAGCUAAACUUCGACAAAAAGUAUUAACAUCAUGAUACUACUUGCCCCUUUUUACUUUAUACGUUCUUAAAGUUAUCGAAAAAAUAAGCUAAAAUAUGCUAUAACUUUGUGAGGGAAAGUCCUUGAGAUGUGUGACCUUCUACAAAAACGAGUGUUUUGUAUGCCCAAAUGCUUCUUUCGAACAACGUUUUCUUUUAAAAUGUAGCUAACAAAAGUUAAGUGCAAAAAAUUAACUUUUAAGUAACUUUUACAUAUAAUACUCUGUAACUCUGUACCCAAUGAAGACAGGAAUUUUGUUUGCUCAGCAAAGAUUCAUAUUUUUGCACGUUCUAAAACUUUGCCGAAUAAACCAUUCCACUAUCUCUUAACACAAAAAAGUUGGUAUUUUUAAUAUAUGAAAACCUACUGUAACAUAUGCUCGUCGUACUCUAAUCUGAGUAGAUUGAGACAAAUGGAACCUAAAGAAGUUUAUAGAACUUCAGUUUAACUUCAAAGAAAAGUAUUGACAUCAUGAUUCCACCUGCCCCUUUUUAACCUAAACGUGCUUGAAGUUAUCGAAAAAAUAAGCUAAAAUAUGAUAUAACUUUUUAAUGAAAAGUCCUGGAGAUAUAUGGCCUUUGACAAAAAUGUAUCUUUUGUGUGCCCUAACAAUCCCUCCGAACAAUACUUUCGUGUAAAAUGCAACUAACAAAAGGUAAGUACAAAAAACUAACUUUCAAGUAAGUUCCAUGUAAUAUACUUUAUAACUUUGUACCAAAAAAGAGAGGGUUUUCAUUUGUUCAACAAAGUUCCAUAUUUUUGAAUCUUCUACAAUUUUGCUGAAUGAACAAUUCUACUAUCUCUUAACACAAAAAGUUAUUUUUUUUAUUUUUAUUAUAGUUAACUUUUCAUACUUUUUGACAAUUUGCGAUUAUGCGGGUCAUUAAUACAAACAAUUGUUCAAAAGACUUUAUUAAGCUAGGAUGAAGGUGAAAGACGCUAUGGAAUAAAGUUCCACUUUUUGCCUUAUUGGACUACUGUGCGCUGGUUCCACUGCAUCUCUACGAGUAUCACAGGAUAGGGAUUGUAUUAGAAUGAGUGCAAAGCUCUGGUCACUUUUUGGUGGUUCUCUUAAACUUGGAGAUGUUCCAUGUCAAUUAUAUAAAGUUUUUCCGUAAAUACUGUAUAUGCGAAAUACUUUAACAUCCGAAUGUGAAUCGUUUUCUAAAGAUUCGUUAGUUUGGCGAUUUGACACCUACUUAAUAUAUAAACUAGCAUAGUCCCAUACAUACAAAGCUUUAUAGUCCGAUGUCCGAUGGCCAACUUUCAUGGCCUAGAAAUAUCAGAUUAAGCGACAGUUUGUUGUAAGAUUUGGACACGGCAACAAAAAGAAAACUGUGUACUUAUCUGUAGAUAGCACCGUGAAUCACGUCGCACAGCAGCAGAAUUUCACCGGGGAAGCAGCACACCUGAACCGAUCUAACUGUCGGUACUGCUAAGAACUUGGGCCUUGGAAGGGGAUUGUGAGCCAUGCACAGUGCGGACAGUCAGGAUAAGUAACAAUUUCAACUAUAAUAGUAAUUGCUGGCUGACAAAACAAAACUGAGAAAACGCGAAAAUUUUAACUCGAAACUUUUUCUCAACCAUUCUUGGUCACAGUUUGCUUCGAUCUCCUCAUGUCGAGUGGAAUGGAAAAUGUAUAGUAAGUACUCAAUAUGAUAUACCGCGAAAUAUUCGAUCUGAUUAUCAACAAUUAGUUAUCCACGUGGCUCCAGUCACUAAGCAACUGCAAGUUUAAAGUCCACCCGCUCACUCAAGCAGCUGACUAUUACUUGUCAUAAGCAUGCAUACGUAGCUAACACCACCCGAAAUUGAAUUGAUCUAAAAUUAUAACUAAGCAUGGAUCCAGCGUACCAAACUUGAAAAAACUUCCUGAAAUAGACACCAAUCACAUUGAGGGACAUCCAUUUUUUGUUGGUCAGUUAUUCUGAAAAUAAGAGAAAGGAAACCUCGCAAUAGUGGAGCACUGUUCCUAUAAAAAAGUCAAAGAGGCACUCUCUAUCAUUCGUACGAUAUUUGAAGAAAGUGCCACAUGUAUCAACUGUUACAAUACCGGUUUAAAAUGAUCAGCUUGCAAAAUACAUUCGAUUGACGAAUUGAUGAAACAAAAAAAUCAAUGGAUCUUCCGAUUAUCCUAGAGUAACAGCCGUUCCAUCCCAACAGAUCUGCCAAGAGGAAAACUUCUCUUUGCAGACGCCAGAAAUUCCGGAUUCCAUCACGAUAUUAUUAUUUGCUGCUGUACGCAAUUCGCUAUGCAUGACUGGAAGUUAACCGUGAAUGGCUUUUGUACUCGA